UGUCUUGCCUUUGCCUUUAUAAGCCCCCAGCGAACAGCAUUCUCACACGCCAACCGACAGACCUCUCGUAAUGCCGCUCCUCCAUCUCCUCGCUGCCUUCCUCCAUCUCGCGCUAAUGCCCUCCGCCGCCGCCGCCGCCGGAUCGGAGCGGGAAGCCGAUAGAGUGGCGGCACUCCCCGGCCAGCCGCCGGUGGGCUUCACGCACUACGCCGGCCAUGUGAGGGUGAGCGAUCACAAGGCGCUCUUCUACUGGUUUUUCGAGGCGAAGCAGAAGCCCCAGGCGAAGCCCCUCCUCCUCUGGCUCAAUGGUGGGCCAGGAUGCUCAUCUAUUGCAUAUGGAGCUGCACAGGAGCUGGGCCCGUUCUUGGUUAGAAGCAAUGCUCCCAACCUAACUCUCAAUCCCUAUUCAUGGAAUAGGGUUGCAAAUCUUCUGUUCCUUGAAACUCCUGUGGGAGUAGGAUUCUCUUACACCAAUAGAUCGAAGGACUUGGAGGAGCUCGGUGAUCAAAUUACCGCACACGACUCCCGUAUCUUUCUCCUGAACUGGUUCAAGAGGUUCCCUGACUUCAAGUACCAUGAUUUUUUCAUUGCUGGAGAAAGCUAUGCAGGUCAUUAUGUUCCCCAGCUUGCAGAGCUCAUCUAUGAAGGAAACAAGAAAGCUGGCAAGAAUUCGUACAUUAAUCUGAGAGGUUUCAUGAUUGGGAAUGCGGUGCUUAACGAUGCGACUGACCAACUAGGGAUGGUGGAGUAUGCUUGGAGCCAUGCCAUAAUCUCUGAUGAGCUUUACUCCACCGUCCGUAAAGAAUGCAACUCCUUCAAGGAGGAAGACGAGGGCGGUCACCCUAGCAAAGCCUGCUUACCAGCUGUGAAGGCCUUCCUUCAGGCCUACAAUGACAUUGAUAUCUACAGCAUCUACUCUCCUGUCUGUCUCUCCAAAUCUUCUUCAUCCACUAGCAAACUUGUCACUGCCCCCCACUACUUCUCCCAACAUGAGAGAUGGCAUGAGAUGAAGAAGAUGCCGAGAGGGUAUGAUCCAUGCACAGAAGACUACGUGGAGAAGUAUUUCAACAGAGAAGAUGUGCAAAAGAAAUUGCACGCCAAUGUCACACAUCUCUCAUAUCCUUACUCCCCUUGCAGCGAAAUAAUACACAACUGGAACGACUCGCCAGCGACCGUUCUCCCAACCUUGAAAAAGCUGAUGAAAGCAGGCCUUCGGAUCUGGGUCUACAGCGGCGACACGGACGGGCGGGUUCCGGUGACAUCGACGAGGUACAGCAUCAACGCCAUGAGGCUUCGGGAGAAGAAGCAGCAGGAGACGGCGGUGGGGCGGAAGAGUUGGGGAGGGUGGAGGGCGUGGUACCACAAGGAGCAAGUGGCGGGGUGGGUUGUGGAGUACGAGGAGGGGCUGACUUUGGUGACCGUGAGGGGCGCCGGCCACCAAGUGCCGGUGUUCGCACCGGACCGGUCGCUUUCCUUGGUCACGCACUUCCUCCACGGCCAGUCUCUGCCUUCUUCUCGCGCCGGCCACCAUCAGUAGCACUAGUAGUUACGUCGUUGGUGCAAUAAGGACUGGAAUUUGUCUUAAUUUUGUAUGGAAUUUAUCAUUAUUGGUUCUUAUUCACCAGACUCGACGAUACAACGCUGCACCCUGCGCAGCAGCUGUCUUCUUACCAACAGAUCACUUAGUGGAUCUUUAAUGCUCUGUUUACGAA